AAGUGCCAUGGUGGAUUUCUGAUGGCAUAUUCCGCCGGAGCUUGUCUAUAUAGAUUGUUGGGUGUGUAAGUUUGUUUUUGCACUUUCGUCCAGUGUUAUCCGAUACCUAUCCUAAAUCCUCAACCAUGUCAGCCUUUGUUGGCAAGUAUGCUGAGGAGCUCAUAAAGAAUGCCAAGUACAUUGCCACCCCAGGCAAGGGCAUAUUGGCAGCAGAUGAGAGCACAGGCACCAUUGGCAAGCGCCUAUCCAGCAUCAACGUCGAGAACAUCGAGUCCAACCGCCAAGCUCUCCGAGAACUUCUCUUCACUUCUCCCAACGCCCUCCCUUACCUCUCCGGUGUCAUCCUCUUUGAGGAGACCUUGUACCAGAAGAGCUCUGAUGGCAAACCCUUCGUCGAAAUCCUCCAGGAAAACAAUGUCAUUCCAGGGAUCAAGGUCGACAAGGGCACCGUUGAGUUAGCUGGAACAAACGGAGAGACAACAACCCAAGGCUUUGACUCUCUGGGAGCUAGGUGCGCACAGUACUACAAGGCGGGCGCACGCUUUGCCAAAUGGCGCGCGGUGCUCAAGAUAGGCCUAACCGAGCCCUCGGAACUGUCCAUCCAGCAGAAUGCGCAAGGUUUGGCUCGCUAUGCGAUUAUCUGCCAGGAGAACGGACUAGUGCCAAUCGUUGAGCCAGAGAUUUUGACUGAUGGAGAUCAUGACAUUAAGAAAUGUGCAGCUGCUACUGAAAUGGUUCUUGCAGCAGUUUACAAGGCACUCAAUGAACAACAUGUUCUUCUUGAAGGCACACUCCUUAAGCCCAACAUGGUUACUCCAGGUUCUGAUAGCCCAAAGGUUACGCCGGAGGUGAUUGCCGAGUGCACAGUGACUGCACUGCGCCGGACAGUCCCAGCAGCUGUGCCGGGGAUUGUGUUUCUGUCCGGAGGACAAAGUGAGGAAGAGGCAACACUCAACUUGGAUGCAAUGAACAGGUUGGAUGUGUUGAAGCCAUGGACUCUUUCGUUCUCGUUCGGGCGAGCUUUGCAAGCAAGCACACUCAAGACUUGGGGUGGGAAGAAGGAGAAUGUUGCGAAAGCUCAGGCGACGUUCUUGAAAAGGUGCAAGGCAAACUCAGAUGCCACUCUUGGAAAGUACUCUGGAGGAAGUGCUGGUGGACUGGCUUCUGAGAGCUUGUUUGUUAAGGGAUACAAGUACUAGAACUGGUACUAAAGCCCUUAACUGCAUGGCCGGUAUAAGAUCAAGAAUAACAAAAUAUUUAGUGUAAUUUUAUUUUAUCAACUCUACUUAUUACUCAAUACCUUGAAGUUAGUCCAGUCCGAUAUAUAUAACUGAUCAGUGCAACAAACACACUCCAAGAGAAGUGCCAUACAACAACAAAGACAUAACGUUAAUUGUUUCCUCGUUCUACUGCUACUGACGGCAUACAGGUCAUAGUUUCGUGGUGCUACAAAAGAUCUCAUACCACAACCACAUUUCCCUCAUGCUAAUUUUGCCACGUCCAUGAUCCAAGGAUAUGACCGGCCCCAAUAGCACACUCUGUUGAGAGCAUACUAACCCAACAUCGUAAGAAAAUGGACUUUGAAUGUGCUUACAAGUAAUGGGGCUAUUCUUCAUAUUGUCAAAUUGGUUUUAUAAUGGAGCCUUAACUUUUUUCA